GACAGGUCCAAAACAGCUGUUAUCCUCCGCCUUUUGCGAUCAUCUACAAAACCGCAUUGCAUUCCAACUCGGCCCAUUUUAACGAUACUACUUGUUUUUUUCUCCUUUGCAGGCCUUGUUCCGAACCCCGGUGGCACCGCAAACAUGACAAUUACAGUGAUGGUGUUCUACACCCGUCGUCCCGAAGUAACACCGGAGGACUUCCAAUCUCACAUAGAACAAGUCCAUCUGCCCAUAUAUCUGGAAGUGUUCAGCGGAAACAGACCACUAUCGUUCACAAUACGCUACACCGAGCGGGUUAGCUCUGGAACUGGAGAUCGAUUAGGAGCAGUAACCUCCAUGACGGGACGAGCUGAUCCUGAGGAUCCAGUUGUUCUUAUUGGAGAACCAAAGGAGCUGGGAUGGGACGCGGUCAGCGAAAUGAUAUUUCGAGACGAGCUGCAUAUACAGCAAUGCCUUGCUGUCAUGAACGGAAGCGGCGGGGAGCGCAUUAAGGAAGACGAGGACAUGUUCGCUAUAUUGGACAAAACGAAGGCAAUAAUCAUGACAGAAAAAUCUGUUUUGAUGUAGGCAAGAUGGAUUGAAUUCGGGCGGUAUUGGGCUGGUUGGAUAUAGUACAAAAGGAAGGUAACGGCGUGCAAUUGGAAUGUGUGCGGUGGCUUUUUUUCCAAGUUAGAGUAACAAAAUAUCGGUGUUGCAAUUUCUUCGUAGCCUUGUGAUUUGACAAGUGCUGACCGGUUCGUAGAUAGUCUCAAUAUUAUGUAAUACGAAGAUGCAGCAAUGCUGUUUGUGAGGUGUAGGAGACAAUAG